AUGAACUUCAUUACGCACCUGCCUGACAGCUACGGCUACGACGUGAUCCUGGUAGUCGUCGACCGCCUGAUCAAGAUAAAGCACUUCAUCCACUGUAAGGGAACCUGCGAUUCUGAAGAAGUCGCCCGCCUAUAUGUUAAGUAUGUCUGGAAACUGCACGGCCUGCCCAGAACCAUUGUAUCCGACCGAGGACCCCAGUUCGUAUCCAAUUUCUGGAAGCACCUGACCAAACGCCUGGGAAUCACCGCACUGCUGUCGACCGCCUACCACCCUGAGACCGAUGGGCAGACUGAGAUUGCCAAUUCCUUCCUUGAACAGUACCUGCGGGGCCACGUAUCAUACCUUCAAGACAACUGGGUACGCUGGCUAUUGUUAGCCGAAUUCGCGAUCAACAAUGCACUGAACAAGAGCCUGAAAACCACGCCUUUUUUCGCAAAUUAUGGAUAUCACCCCUGUUUCAGAUUCGAACCUGCCCUACCCGGACGCCGCGUUGCCGCCAAGGAUGCUGAGGGGGUCGCUCUGAAGAUGGCCACUGUACACGAGUACCUGAAGUCUGAGAUCUGCAUCGCCCAAGCCCGCCACUAG